AUGAAACUAUCGAGAUACUAUCGCUUCUGUGGUAUAUUUGAAUGAAAAUAUGUAUAGGUUAGGUUCGGCUUAGGAAUAAGAAUAUGGGUGACCUCUGUGUGGUACAUUGAGAACAUCGCUGCAUGCAUCAAACGUCUCUGCAUAUUUCUUUAUAUUUUGAACAAGUAUCUAUGAUUUGUUUUUUCCUUUUGAUUAUUUCGCGUUUAUUAGAAGUAAAUGUAUCUUGUAUCAUUACAGAUGAGUUGCUCACUCUAAUUGCCAUAUCGUUCCAAAGAGAUUCAAAUUUACACUUGCAACAAGUAUUUCUAAUUAAACGACGAUCGAGAAUCAAGAAAUUAAAACAUCUAUAUCAGUCAAUCGUUUUUGUAGUGCAGUGUCUGUGGAAUUAUUUUAAAAAUUUAACUUUCUGGUGAAAGUACGCGUUCGUGUUUCUGUUACAUCUAACUUGCUGAAUUUAAAUGGGAAAAUAUGACAGCGUGCACAUACCGUCGAGAAGGAUGAGAAACUUUCCAUAAUUCAUUUAAUUUCUACCUUUUGUAAAAGUUUCGUAGGCAUCUUAUUCAAAUUUUAUUACGCGGAUUCACUUCGUAACUGUAAACGUUAUCGCGGUUUCUAAUCACUGCAUCGAUAUUGUUACACUGUCUGUGAUUUUAUUUAUUUUUUCCAGGAUGAUAAUGUGAUUCUGUAUAAGCGCGAGAAAAAAAACGCGAUUGAAUUUGAAGUGCUUUCAAUUCAUUUCACUAUUGAUACUGCAUUUCAAUUGAAUUCAACUAUCCAUCAGUGA